AAAUGUAAAUAAAAAAGACCCUACACACGUGCUUUUCUCACAAUUCCCCCAAAUUCAAAUUCUCUCUCCCUCUUCCUUCAACGGCUACAUCUAUCUAUCUCUCCCAUCCUUCUCUUUCGCUUCCUUGUCCUACCAAACCCUACUCUCUCUCAUUUCCACACACAUUCUCUCUCUCUCUCUCUCUCUCUAGAAAAGUUCUUUUUCUCUCUGUGAGAUCUGUGCUCGCGAUGAAGCACUUCAUGCUACCGAGAAACGCGAUCUUGAGGGAGGCAAAUUCCACCGAUCCAGCGUCGUCGCCGAGCCCUUGCUCCGCCAAGCCACGCCCGUCUCGGAAGUCUAAAUCGGCCAAGGAGAAUGCGCCGCCGUCCGAUCUGACCUCCAUCCCCUCCGAAUCCAAGCCAUCGCCGGCUAUGGCGGCCAAAUUGAAGAGUCCAUUGCCGCCGAGGCCACCUCCUGCAAAUUCUCACAAAAGGAAGCUCAGCUUUGAGUCCGGGACUGAGAACUCGGCUUCUGAUUCCGGCGUUCAGGUAGUAGUCCGAAUGCGUCCACCACACAAGGAUCGGGAUGAAGGUGAUUUGAUAGUUCAGAAGAUUUCUGGUGAUUCGUUAUUGAUUAAUGGACAAACUUUCACAUUCGACUCAGUUGCUGAUGUUGAAGCAACACAGGAAGAUAUCUUCCAACUUGUAGGAGCACCUCUUAUCGAAAAUUGUAUGGCUGGAUUCAAUAGUUCUGUAUUUGCAUAUGGACAGACGGGAAGCGGAAAGACUUAUACCAUUUGGGGUCCGGCCAACGGCUUGUUGGAAGAAAACUUAUCCAGUGAUCAAGCAGGGUUAACCCCUCGUGUUUUUGAGAGACUAUUUGCCCGCAUAAAUGAGGAGCAAAUCAAGCGCGCUGAGGAAAAACUUAACUAUCAAUGUCACUGUUCUUUUCUCGAGAUUUACAAUGAACAAAUCACAGAUUUGUUGGAUCCAAAUCAAAGAAAUCUCCAGAUAAGAGAAGAUGUCAAAUCUGGCGUCUAUGUUGAAAAUCUCACAGAGGAGUAUGUAGGUACAAUGAAGGAUGUGACUAGGCUCUUGAUAAAGGGUUUGUCAAACAGGAGGACAGGUGCAACUAGUAUUAAUGCGGAGAGUUCCCGCUCACAUACUGUUUUUACUUGUGUUGUUGAAUCCCGAUGCAAGAGCAAGGCAGAUGGUUUAAGCACCUGCAAAACAAGCAGAAUAAAUCUUGUUGAUCUAGCUGGUUCAGAGAGACAAAAGUUAACCGGUGCAGCAGGGGAUCGUUUAAAGGAAGCUGGGAAUAUUAAUAGAUCACUUUCACAACUUGGGAAUUUGAUAAACAUUCUUGCUGAAAUUUCUCAGACGGGAAAGCAGAGGCAUAUCCCCUAUAGAGACUCCAGGCUAACAUUUUUGUUGCAGGAGUCUCUUGGGGGAAAUGCCAAAUUAGCAAUGGUCUGUGCUAUUUCUCCAGCACAAAGCUGUAAGAGUGAAACUUUUAGCACAUUGAGAUUUGCACAGCGCGCCAAGGCUAUUAAGAAUAAAGCAGUAGUUAAUGAAGUCAUGGAGGAAAAUGUGAAUCACUUGCGUGAAGUGAUACGGCAGCUAAGGGAUGAACUACAUAGGGUUAAGGCAAAAGGCUACAAUCCCCAUGAUCCAGAUGGAGGUCAUUCAGCGGCAUGGAUUCGUAGAAGUAUGAAUCUACUAAAGUCUAGCCUUAGUUGUCCAAUAACAUUACGUCAUGUUGAUGAUGAUGGUGAUGAGGAGAUGGAAAUAGAUGAGGAAGCUGUUGAGAUUCUCUGUGAGCGAGUGGAUAAGCAAAUAGCCAGCAGUGAAGCUAACAAUACAAUUGAUGUGAGCAAAGAAGAAACAGUAAAUUCAGUUUCACAACAGGUGGAGUUUGAAGAUUUAAGUGGAUGUAUCAAGGACCAAAUUUCUGAGGAUAUAGAUGUUAAAAUGGAAGAAGGAGCAUCUGAACAGGAUGACAUCAUGAUUGUCGAUUGUGUGGAACCUGUAAAUGUGAGGGAUAAUUCUGUGUGCACUGUCUCUGAACCUCUAAAUGGAGUUUCUGCUACCAUUUCCAGUGCAGAUACACAGAAUGAUUUGUCAAAUGGAUCAUUGAAUUGUGUGUCUCCUAGCCUCAGCAUAGUUCCAUCUGAUGUAUCCCCAGUACUUAAGUCUCCAACUCCAAGUGUUUCACCCAGAAUCAGCAGCAGCAGGAAAAGCUUGAGGACUUCAUCGAUGUUAACUGCUUCCCAAAAAGAUCUCGAGGAUGACAAUAAGUUAGGCCUAGAUGCUUCUCAUAUAUCUUUCAAGAAAUCUGUGAGAAGUAGCUCCUCUAGUGCUCUGUGUACUCAAAAAAGUAAGAACUUUCUUACACCAACUGAACAUUUGGAAGCAAGUAUCCGCCAGGGCCUUGAAAUUAUAGAUAAUCAGCGACAAAGUUCAGCACUAAGGCGGUCAUCAUUCAGAUUUCCAUUCAAACCUGAAGAAUCCAAGCCAUUUUUACCCGUUGACAAAGUUGAUGUGGGUGUGCAAACCUUUCCUGGUGAUAUAUCAGAAGAAAAUUCAGUCAUAUUUACAUGUAGUAGUUGCAAGAAUAGAAUGCAGCUAGAGGUCAAAGAGGCUGAUGACAGUUCAAACCUACAGAUAGUACCUGUAGAUGGUACAGAGUCUGCUGACAAAUUGAAGAAUCAUGUUCCCAAAGCAGUGGAGAAGGUUUUGGCAGGAGCUAUCAGGAGAGAAAUGGCACUAGAAGAUUUCUGUGCAAAGCAAACUUCUGAGAUUGUGCAGCUUAACCGUUUGGUGCAACAAUACAAGCAUGAGAGGGAAUGCAAUGCCAUAAUAGCACAGACAAGGGAGGAUAAAAUUCUUCGCCUCGAGAACCUUAUGGAUGGUGUUUUACCCACUGAGGAGUUCAUGGAGGAAGAGCUAGCAUCCCUCACACAUGAGCAUAAGAUUUUAAAGGAGAAAUAUGAGAAUCAUCCUGAAGUUUUAAGAGCAAAAAUCGAGUUAAAAAGAGCUCAAGAUGAGCUGGAACAUUAUCGAAAUUUCUUCGAUAUGGGUGAGAGGGAAGUGUUGUUGGAAGAGAUUGAAGAUUUGAGAAGCCAGCUACAAUAUUACAUAGACUCUUCAUCCACUGCGUCUCGAAAGCAAAGUCCCAUACUGCAGUUGACUUAUCCAUGUGAGCCCAAUUCUGCUCCCCCUCUUAGUGCGGAGUCAACCGAAGAGAGUGCUGAGGCAAAACUUGAACAGGAAAGAAGUCGUUGGACUGAAGCAGAGAGCAGAUGGAUUUCUCUUUCUGAAGAAUUGAGAGUUGAACUUGAAGCUAGCAGAUCUCUAGCCGAAAAGAGGAAGCAAGAACUGGAAACUGAGAGGAAAUGUGGUGAAGAGCUAAAUGAAGCAAUGCAGAUGGCCAUGGAGGGGCAUGCACGCAUGCUGGAAGCAUAUGCAGAUUUGGAAGAGAAGCAUAUUCAGUUGCUUGCAAGGCAUAGGAAGAUUCAAGAAGGAACAGAGGAUGUCAAGAAAGCAGCUGCUAAAGCAGGAGUUAGGGGAGCUGAGUCCAAGUUCAUAAAUGCCCUUGCUGCAGAAAUUUCAGCAUUAAGGGUAGGAAAAGAAAAAGAAAGGAGAUAUCUUAGGGAUGAGAACAAAGGACUUCAGGCUCAAUUGAGAGACACUGCAGAGGCUGUGCAGGCUGCAGGAGAAUUGCUUGCACGGCUAAAAGAAUCAGAAGAGGCUGUUGCUGCUUCCCAGAAGCGAACUAUGGAGGCAGAGCAAGAAACUGAGAGGGCCUACAAACAGAUUGAUAAAUUGAAGAAAAAUCAUGAAAAGGAAAUAAGCGCUCUCAAUGAGCUCCUUGCGAAUUCUCGUUUACAUAGGGAAGCAAGACAACAACCAGUUUACGACGAGGCAUUUGAAGAAUAUGCAUGCGAUCAUAGUGGUGAAGAUGGUGAGUUGCCAAAACUCACAGAAACCUCAUCAUGGUUCUCUGGUUAUGAUCGAUGCAACAUAUAGAAUGCCUAAAAGUGUAUGUAGUAGUACUAACAGUUUCUGUUAUAUAGCUCCAAAGUCAUAGCAUAAUUUUACUGGUCAUCUGGUUGGUAAAGUUUGUGCCAAUUUGAUUACCAAUGUAUGUGUUCUCUUAUUGACCUUUUCAAUUCAGAUUCCUGAGUUCAUAAGAUGUGAAUGAAUGGUUAUAUUCUUUUAUUCA